AUGGGACAAUCUCAAAGUUGUAAUUGCAGCCAACAGCAAACACCUUUUUCAGCAGAGCCAUACAUAGAUGAACCUUACAUAAACAAAGAAGAUGUUGAGGUUAUUCAUAAUUGUUUUGAAUAUUUGUCUCCCAGAGACGGCGUUGUUUCUUUGAAUAAAAUUCAAGACCACAAACAUGAAGCGCCAGCUUAUAUGCAAGAACUGAUUUAUGAAAUCGAGGAAAGGAAAUCAGAUGUGAAUUUUGAUGAAUUUUUUGACAUAAUGAAACCUAAGGUGCUGGAAAUGAAGAGACUUCCUGAAAAUUCUGUCAUUAGAGAAGAUACAUCAGCAAGUGUUUUUUGUAUUAUUUGCCCAUAUAAAAAGAAUGACGGUAGAAAUAAGAAAAUGCUUUAUGAGUAA